AUGUUCCAAGACAAGACUCAAGAAUGGAAAGAGAGUCCCGCCUGCGAGAAGCUCAAGACGAUUCUGUCAUGCUCGGCGAAGAAUCAUGAAAUCAACAAGAUUUUUGCGUUUGCUCUUGGUACGAUGUCCUAUCAACGUUUUAACGAGGAUGGCAGCCUACACACUAGUACGGGGUGGUCCUCUGCAUUGCAGCAUGCGCUACUCGUGACCAUAAUAGAAUGGUUAAAAGAAAAAGACCUUCAAGAGAAAGUCUCAUGCUACUCACAGGACCCAGCUUACACCGAGGUAGAUAAGAAGAUUCUGGAUGGGGAAGGCAUCGAAGUGAUUGAUGACCCGCGUGGUUGGCUCGAGGUGGACGAGCACUCGAUCGUGCUCUCCAUAGCACCGAAUGUGCCUGUGAAGGAGAUUAUUACGGACAUUGCUCGACCUGCGGUUAUUCUUUGGGGUCGAGUGAAGUUCUGCGAUGGACUUGAUCAGGGAUAUACGGAUCCUGACUCUCCGCGGAUCAGAGCAAUGAUGGAAGGUUAUGACCUGCAUGAGUUUGGCCCCGAUAAGGAUAUGUUCUAUGAUCUUGUGCUCUAUAUUCGGAAGUCCGUUGCUGCCCCGACUGCCUCCAAUGGAAGAUUUACCUAG